AUGGCGGACCAGUUCCAGGCUCGGACGUUAAAACGCAAGAACGUCAAAGGUCUCGCUCUCAAUGCAGCACCUAAAGCUACCUCUAAUUCUCUCGAUGGCGAUGCACAGGGUUCUGGGGCGGUUGGAAAUAGCGAAAGCAACCGCACAGAUACGCUCGAAAUCGGACUGGAGUUCCGACUGGAUCUUCGUAGUGAAGACUUGGUCACAUUGAAAGAGCUGGGCGCUGGAAAUGGAGGUACUGUUUCCAAGGUGAUGCACGCAUCCACUAAGGUGGUGAUGGCUCGGAAGGUGUGUGUCUUCUCUCUCUUCUUGUUGACCAGCGCUGAUUUCCUCUUUCCUCCGCAGAUCAUUCGUGUAGAAGCCAAAGAAAACGUGCGGAAACAGAUUCUACGAGAACUUCGAGUCGGACAUGACUGUAACUGCCCUAACAUUGUCACUUUCUAUGGUGCAUUCCAAAAUGAAGCAAGAGAUAUUGUGCUGUGCAUGGAAUACAUGGAUCUCGGAUCUCUCGACCGCGUUUCCAAGGAUUUCGGACCUGUUCGAGUCGAUGUACUGGGAAAGAUAACAGAGUCGGUCUUGGCUGGUCUUGUCUACCUCUACGAAGUGCACCGUAUUAUGCAUCGUGAUAUCAAGCCGUCCAAUAUCUUGGUCAACUCUCGCGGCAAUAUCAAGCUAUGCGACUUUGGUGUCGCUACCGAGACAGUCAACUCAAUUGCUGAUACUUUUGUUGGCACUUCCACAUACAUGGCCCCCGAGCGAAUUCAGGGAGGCGCCUACACCGUCCGCUCCGACGUGUGGAGUGUAGGCUUGACGGUCAUGGAACUGGCCGUUGGCAAGUUCCCCUUUGAUCACUCCGACUCUUCUGCCGGAAACCGUGCAAGCGCAGGGCCCAUGGGUAUUUUGGAUCUACUUCAGCAGAUUGUCCACGAAACAGCGCCCAAGUUGCCCAAGAGCGAUGCCUUCCCGCCUAUUCUCCAUGACUUCGUUGGAAAGUGCCUCUUGAAGAAAUCGGAGGAGCGACCAACCCCACGAGAACUUUAUGACAAGGAUGCCUUCUUGCAGGCCGCGAAGCGCACACCAGUCAACCUUGAAGGAUGGGCAUUGAGCAUGAUGGAUCAACACAAACGCAAGUCUUACUUGGGGCCGCCAAUACCAACGUCACUCAAAGAGUCCUCGACACCAACCUCAAACUCGACUUCAUCUCCCGUCGGCCCUUCCAUGUCAGCUGCAAUUGGCAAACCUCCUUCCGCCAACAAGCCAACCCGAACCCCACAGCAGUCACCAUUCCCAUCAAACCCAGUAUCAGGCGACAUUCCUUUAAGGAUCGCCAACGAGAUCCCCUCCAAUCGCCAUCACUACAACCCCCAACCCCAGCCUCAAUACUAUCCUUCGUCUUCGUCCCGGACUACGCGCUCUCCACCACCCCUCUCUUUGGAGCACCUCUCGCUGGAAGCAAACGAUGACGACAGCCGAUCCGGUCGUCGCAUGAUGCGUCAGCACCUCGUUGAUCCCGCUUCUGCUAUCGAUGCCCCAUCUCGCCCAUUCAUGAGCCCCAGUUCCUCUAGCUCCAAUAACUCCAAUCCCCGCACGAAUCUGCACACUUCGACAAUGCCUGUUCGCACUGCUCCCCCGACUGGCCCGCCCCCUCCACCCCCCGUUUCAGCAGGCGGGAACUGGCGCAGCCAGCCAGGCACUGCACCCCGGUAA